CUUCCGUUCCGCUGGGGAAUCCAAACGAUAACCGCCACGGGCGAGGAGGGAGUUUUUCUUCGCGUCCAACAAUGCCGCGGCCAGAUUGACGAACACAUGAGGCACAGAUCGGCUUCUUGAGUCCAGAAGGGAGAUCAAGAUGGGAUCCGUCGUCGGCACAGCGGCGAACGGCGUCGGCACCUUCCUCGGGAACGCCUUCGCCGCGCCCUUCAGGACUCUCUUGGGCGCGUCCUGCGAUUUCCCGUCGCUUCUGUUGUGCAUAUCAAGGGGCGUUUGCUCGGGGACAUGGGACGUGGCCUGCUUCAUCGAGCACCUGUGCUUCUCUAGCCUGGCAAGGCUCUUCAUGGUUAUCGUCCUCACCUACAUCACGCUGUUCUUCGUGUACCUCCUGUGCAAGGUAGGCAUCAUCAAGUGCGUGGCCAAGAACGCCUGCAAGAUGGCGUGGAAAGCCUGCUCCGGCUCCUGCCGCGCGCUCGGUGGGGCGUGCUGCCUCCUCUGGGGCAAGCUGCGCGACACGAAGCGCGUGCGCCGAGGGCGCCGCCGCCAACGGGACAUCGAGGAGGGGGAGCGCAGCUCGAGCUGGGCCGACACGGAUUCCUCCUCCUCCGACGGUGACCACCGCGGGAGCGUGGCGAGCGCCGGAGGGAGCAGGGCGGGAGGGAAAUGGCCAUCGGUGCGGGAGAGGAGGAAGGACAGGCUGCGGCAGUCGCUGCGCCUGAGGGGGCUCAGCUUCAAGGAGGAGCGCGCAACGAGAAGAAGCCGUGGCAGCGAGAGGAUGCAUCGCCAUGCAAUAGGGCCGAGAAGAGUGGAGGUGUCGUCCCUGCGCGUGCAUGGCUCGGCGACGCACCGCCGAGCGCGCGCGCACCGCGCACAUGAACGUUCAGCUGGCACAGUAGAGUAUGGAUGAAGGGUACAAUGAAUUUUCAGCAAUCAGAUACAACAAGAUCGUUAAUUGGGUAUGAAUAUGAGAAUGAAAACAACCCAUUUAGGAUUUCUGAAUUCGCACACAUCGAUAUAGUUGAUGACUUCGUAAUUUCCUGAUGAUGCAUCUAAUAGCGUGCGAUGAAUUUUUUACUGUAGUUGGGUCACUGUAGCUCAGUGGUGGAGCGUCAGUCUUGUAAAUUGAAUGUCUGUAGUUCGAUACCGCAUGAGGUCAUUUUAUUAUUGUUAUCAUUUUUUAUUUUUAAUAUGUCAAAUGGUUUUUAGAGAAACAGAGCACGGUAUAAAUGUUCCAGAAUAGCAAAAUAAGGAUAUUUGUUUAAUCCCAUUUUU